UCUGUGUCAAUGCUGAGUGAAACGGAACAGAUGUUGUGAGUUGGGUGGUUUUGAUGGAAUUUGUCAAUUUCGUUUUUGAUUUCAGUGUAAAAAAUCGAAAUUGAAGUCAAAACAAUAAAACAGUUUUUUUAUCUUAACAGCAUUUUAUAUGCUUAUCUAACAUAUACAAGAAACCCGUGUUGUUGGAUAGUGUACGUGUUAAAAUUCAAAGUGGGUGGAUUUCGAAUUCGACUAAUUAUUUGGGCGAAAUAUUACCCGCAUAAAUUGUGUCAUGAAAAAGUUGGUGGAUUCUCAUCGAUAAUGAAAAAUGAAGAGCCUUGACUAUUCCUCGAUUAACUGCGAAGGCAUGACCAAUAAACCGAUUAUAACAUGUGCAGGCGAUUGGAAUUUGUUUUGUACCCUGGAAGCGCCACUGGUGGCCGCCAUCCCGCAGGAUACUUGCGAAUGGCGCCGGUCCUAUGGCCGAGUCACAAAGUCUGUCUCCCUCGACUCAUCUUUUGUCAAGUUUAACAAGGAGGGUUUGCAAGCUGACAACAACUGGAACCUCCUCAAGAAACCCAUAUUUCAUAUUUACUGGACAGAUUGUGCUGAUGUAGAAUAUUAUAAAACAACUUUACGAGAGGAAGUUGAAGCAUGGAUGAAGCAACUAGAAGCCAAGGCCAUAACAGACUUCAUGGUGGUCCAUGUAGAGACUUACGAUGUCCGUAAAACAAAUAAACUAUUGCCACGGACCACGGUGCUGGAUAAAAUUAAGGGAGACUUUGCUGCUAAACAAACGGAAGAAAGAUUUAUUUCUGUGAUUAAUCCUAUAAAAUCAGAAGCAAGGUCUGCGGAGUCAUGGCGAGGUUUGGUGGCAAAACUGAGGCAUUUUGUCCUGGUAGCAUAUAAUAAGUCACUCAUAAAGUUUGAAGAGUACAUGAGAGAGCAGAGGGAAAAGCGCAAUGAUCCUGAAUGGGACUUUUGUAAAUAUUUCAUUUUACAGGAACAAUUAGCCUUUGUCUUAGAAAUGUUAAGUUUAUAUGAAGAAGCUCUAGUCCAAUAUGAUGAAUUAGAUGCUUUAUUUUCUCAAUUUGUGCUCAAUUCUAAUAUAACUAAAAGCCCUAAAUGGCUUGAUAGCUUCAAGCAACCAAUUACAUCUUGGCAAGCCCCGAGACUGACUACUCUGGUUCCUCAUCAACUGAGGGAUCAAAUAAUUAAGAAGAAAGCCACUUUACUGGAGUUCCGAAGUUAUUUAUUUCAAAGACAAUGUGCCAUGCUACUGCUUACCUGCAAGCCUUGGGAGAUAUCUUCCCGCUGCCUAUCAACUGUCCACAACACCAUGAAGGAGCUGUCUCUACUAAAUGUAUCCGUCGCUGAAGGUGCCGCAAGCUGUUGGUCACUCCUAGCCUGUACAGAGACGCUAGAAGCGUGCGAGAACCUCACCAUCACCGACAGCAGUGCCAUGGAGCUAUGUACCGCCCACCAGGCGCCGCUACUGCACUAUGCCAAGGACAAGCUCCACGAGCUAGGCAAGCUCUGUGGCCUACUCCCCGGCUCUCCCGACCCCACCUCGGCACAGCUACACCUAGUGGUGAUGCUCUCAGCAGGCAUGGGCGACAGUAACGGGGCCCACCCCACGGACCGACUGAAGGAAGCGCUGUGCUCCACUGCGAGCUUCCAGCUGUAUUAUUUGGAGCUGGCGGAACGGGCUAUGGCGACUUAUAAGCAUAUUGGGAGGUUGAGAUUCGCCCGUCUAAUCGGCCGGGACCUAGCAUCCUUCUACUCAGAACAAGGGGAGACGAGCAAAGCUUUGGUCUUCCUAAUGGAUGCCCUGAGAUCCUAUGAGGAGCAGGGUUGGAAGCAGCUGGCAGCGCAGACUAGACUGGAGCUGGUUAAUAUUGCUAGAAGCAAUGAUGUGCAAAGGUUCACAAAGCUAUCGGCAACAAUCGCUAGCACAGCCGAACUAGAAAUCCUAGUCAGACAAUUCUACUUCGACGAAAUGAUGAAAUCCAUCCAAAAGAACCUUCGAGACCAACCAGAAAGCGUUCUAACAGAAUUGAGCGAUUGUUUCAAACUUAUAUCGGUCACACUAUUGCCAUCGGAAAGAGGAGCCUACAUCACUGACAAUACGAUCGAAUGUCGUUUGGUGCUAGAAAGCUUUCUACCCAAAGAUGUGGUUUGUACGAAAGCGGCUAUAAGUGUAGAGACAUGUAAAGAAAAGUCAGUGGAGAAAAAGACGCCAGUAAAAGGAGCCAAGACUGAUUUAACAGUUAGUAGUAGUGUUAGUCAAACUAGUUCGCCUAGGAAACAAGUGCAAGAGACUGCUACGGAUAAUGAUGCGCAGGAGUUUAUUACUAGCAUAAAACUAGAUGACCUUAAACCUAAGAAUCCUCUAUUAAACCCUUUGAAAAUCGUCUCGCAACUCCAUUACAAAGAAGACAACACAUUAGAGAAAGCCACGAUCGAAUGUAUCAAUCCAAAGAUGACGUUAAAGCGGUCCGAUAGCAGCAAAUACAGAAAACCAUCUAACACUUUAAGAGCGGACUACACCACCGCUUUAGUCUGCGAAAAUGCUUGCUUAAAGCCUGGGGUUAAUGAAAUAACUUUAUACUUAACACCAAAAGUGCCCGGUCUGUUCAAACUAGGGCAAGUUUCGUUGCUGAUCGAAGAGAAAUUAGAGUUUUUGUCCAAUGGGCUGGCAAAUGCCAAAUUGGGCUACAAUGUGGUCACUCAAGGAGUGAAUGUUUACUUGAAUAAGGUUGAUCCGAAAAAGGAUUUGAUCGCUGGACUUGAACAUGAAAUGGAGUUGGUGGUUACUAGUGGCAGCUCGUGUAUUGAAGAGAAAACGGAGAUAAUCCUCAAAGCGUCCCCCGGCGUGACCCUCCACCACGGGGGUGAUUCCGGCGCACGGCUCGCCCUGCCCGUGCCCGCGUGUACACGCUUCCACUGCACGCGCCUGCCGCUGCGUCUCGCCGCACACAUAGUCCUACACGGCACUGUCUGGAUCAAGUGCCCAUGGUGGGAGACAGCUACCGAAGUGCCCCUCCAAUUCUCCCCGCCCAUGGUGGCCUCCCACCGGCUGCUCACGUGUCAGACGCGCAAGUUUGUGUUAACGACACUGAAGUGCGGGGCGCGGGAUGUGCGGUUUGAGCUGAGCAAUGCAGAGCUUAGUGAUGCGGAUGUCAGGCCGUGUGGGCCGGGCGAUUUGAUAGUCGGGUCAGACGGCACAACAGCCUCCUACAUGUGGGAGCUACUCCACGACCCACUAGACGCCACCGCCAAGCCCGGCCCACUAAAAGUGACCUUCUCAGUGCAAUACCGUCUAGAACAUUCCACGGGCCCGCACCAACUGUUCACGUACCCGUUCGAGAUACAGGACUAUACGACUCUGUUUGUGAUUAGGACCAAGUUGGAGCCGUGUAAAGGGUCUGACUUUUGUCGGGCAUCGCAAAUGUGCUGUUUGCAGCUUACUGUGCAGAGGAUAAAAGAAACGGAAUACACGUCUCUUAUGUACGAGGUGCUAGCCGACCAAGCCAUGUGGGCCGUGCUAGGAAGGACUGCCGGCGUAAUAACGCUAUCCCCUACGGCUCUCAGCGGCGAGAGCGUAUCUCUGGACGUGAUGCCGCUGGCGGCGGGCCACCUGCCGCUGCCGCCCGUGCGCCUCUCCAAGUACAUCGCUGCCAACACCAAAGACCCAAAGAAGGACAUCUCUCAACACCCUCGCCUGGAGCCGUUCAGCCCCGGGCAGGUCUACCACGCGGGCAAGGCGAAACAAGUUCAUGUGCUGCCGCCCUUACCCAAAGAGCACUUGGACGUGUGAGUGUAAAAUGUGUAAGAGAAGAUUUAGAAACGCAUACUAAGAUUUGUAAAGCCGAACAGCGCACUCGUUCAAUAUUUUGAAAUUUUAGGUUUUAAAUGUCGAUUAAAUUACAACCAGCAUUCAAGGCUACAAUAUCUGCGUAUCUGACUUAAAUUCCCACAAAAUUUGUAUUUGUUGUUAGAAUAUAAUUCAUUUUCGUGAUUUUACCUGCGAAGCGUUUAUAGUUGCUGGUGCAUGGUGCUGUCUGUGUGUAUUUAGCCUAAUCCAUUUUAAUACCGCGAUUCAAUGACAUGAUAACUAGACAAAACUAAAUUAUAAAUACCUCCUACAAUCGCCCUCUUUACUGAAACUGGUUUGUAUUCGUGUUUACUACAUCGGUACAAAUGCUUUUAUCCAUUCGUGUUUAAAUUAUUGUAUAAACAAAAUAUGAAAGUAGGCUGCUAUUAGAAUAUAGAGAUGUGGAAAAUAUUUUAACUAAAUGUUAUUGUAUGUAAUGUAUAUUAUUAUGCUGUAUGUUUCUUUUUGGAUUUUAGUUGUCAUCCCCAUUAUGGUUCGGAAGGACUAGGUACAGUCUCAGUUAGAGAAACCAGCCACCUCUGUAGGGUGGACACUUUGAGAGAGGUCAGGUUUCUUACCCCCAGACUGUAUGUAAUACCAUGUACGGUUUAGGGUAAUUUAGUCAAAAAUUGGUGUUAGAGCUU